AUGUUCACAAUGGCAUAUGUAAAAAGUGUUAUGAACAAAUCAAGUGAACACAUGCAAUCAUUAGACGAAAAAUCGCCUCAUGCAGAAAACGUACAGGAAGUAGACCAAACAGCCCCGGAUACGGUAAAAAGAGAAACUGAAGAAUUCAAUGAGGGAAUCAAGAGGACCGGUGAAGCAUUAAUGAAUAAUCAAAUGUUAUUUAAAGUUGGUUCUUGA